GAUGAUCAAAGAGGCUCACAAAUGGAUUUCUGCUCCAAUUUGGACGAGUGAUCUCCGUGUAUAUAAUGUUCAACAGAUGCUCGAUUCUUCUCAACCCAUUCUAAUUCCGAGCAAAGAAUUGGGACAAGCUUCUAGUGAAGUGCAACAACGUGAACAGCACGAACAAUUCCUUUUGAGUGUUGCAAUUAGGACGGUUGCCCGUCCCUUUGGAAAAGCUGCACUCAACUUUCACACUCGUCAUGCAUUUAAGGAUGACGAAUCAUUUAUAGAAAAUAAUUUAAAACAAAAGAAUGAAAAUAUAAAGAAGAACAAUUUUAUAAAUUCAUCGGUUUCACAAAUGGGUGCACGUCCAAUUUGUUUGAAUGGUCGUGUGCAUCCUGGUUGGCAUCAAGUUGAUUUCCCGUUGAAUGAUACAAAUCCGUCUCAUAAAUUGGCAAUGGAUUGGGCAAAUUUUUACAAUGGUCUAGCGCAUGGUUUUUCAUAUUGUGGUGGUUUUCCAUCGCGUAUUUUUUCUUCAUUAAUUAAAGAAGAAGCAAAUUCUGAUCUUUUGACAACUAUAAGAGCUGGGCUUCUUUUAGCUGCUGGAUUAUCUGGUUGUAUUAAGGAUUCGAUGAAUCUUUAUGACAUUCAUGCUUUACUUACUCAAAAUGAUAAAUAUUUGAUUAUUGCAUUGUUGAUUGGUUGUGCCGCAGCUCAUCGAGGGACCAGUGAAGUGCAUGUUUAUAAGAUGAUAUCAGCUCAUUUACCUUUUUUGUUACAACCAACAUUAGUUGAAUUUAAAAUCGAAUUAAGCAUUCAAUCAGCAGCCAUAGUUUCAUUGGGAUUGCUCUUUGCGGAAACGGCAAAUCACAAUAUUUCUAGCCAACUUUUAAAUCAAAUCUCUCUUGAAGUUCCGUGUGAGAGUGACCAGGCUUUUGAGCGAUAUUCUUUUGUUUUAACUGCUGGCAUGGCUAUUGGAUUAAUUAAUUUAGGUAAAGGAAAGGAGAUUACCGAUACUGAAAUUCCAAUUUCAUCAACACCUUCACUGAAAGAACGUCUCAUCAAGCUCCUCAAUGGUGGCGAACGUCGCUUGGCUUAUUUAAGUUAUGAUCGUGUUGAAUGUCCAGGAAUGCGUAUUGGAAAUUUUGCGAGUAGCUGUGGUGGAGGGUCUAAUUUAAUCUAUUCACUGAGGAGGUAUACUCCUGGAGGAAGUGCCAUGGAUGGUAUAGGGUCUGUUAAUGCUACAGGGAAUAAUGCCGGUGGUUCUUCAACAAACACCGCUACCGUUCAACAACAACAUCAAAAUUCAAGUUCCUCGCGUGAUUAUUCUGGAAUAGGUCAGCCAAUGUCUAAUCAUGUGCGUGAAUUGCCAACAUUAAAUAUACAUUUAACUUCUCCGGCGGCGGCAGUUGCUCUUGGUUUAAUGUAUUUAAGAACUAGAGAUGAAUGGAUAUAUGCGGCACUUUCUGUCAAAGAUUCUUUCUAUGAAAUCGAUAAAAUUCGUCCUGACAUGCUUAUGAUUCGCACAUUUUGCCGUUGUCUAGUUAAAUUUGAUGAUAUUCAGGCAACAAAGCAAUGGACUGAAAAGCAGAUUCCUGAAAUUGUACGAAGAUAUUCGCAACAUUUUGUCGAGGCACAAACACUUAAAGAUAUUUGGUGGGAGGAAUUCAUUGAUGUUGAGACAAUAUCUAAAGUCCAUUUUUAUUGCACUGCUGGAGCUUUAUUGGCUUUAUCACUCCGAUUUGCUUCCAGUUGUCAGAAGGAUGCUCUUUCUUUAAUUGUGAAUUUUAUUAUUUUUAAAAAUUAA